AUGAAGCACACAUCAGCUUACCUCAACUGCUUCCUUCUAGCAAUCUGGAACAUAUCAACCGUGUCAGCCAUCUGUAAAGACUAUGUUCUCGUCGACUCCCGUGGCACCGGUGAACUUCAAGGUGAAUCCAUCGGCUUCAGAGGCAUGAUAAGCCAAGUCAUGACGGCCCUUCCCAACGGAGGUCGCCAUGACACGCUCUACCCUGCCGCGCCAGACCUCACCCAACAAACUACGUUCAUAGGCUCCACGGACAUUGAAAGGCUUAUCCAGAACGGACUAAAGAAUUGUCCUGAGCAAAAGUAUGCCUUGCUGGGCUACUCUCAAGGCGCUACGGUAACAAACCAGGUCCUGCAGAAAUUUGCUCCCUCCAGCACGGAGGGCCAAGCUAUCAAGGCGGUUGUGCUCGUCGGGAACCCAUAUCACGUCCCUGAUGCGCAGGGCAACAGGGAUGAAAAGUGUGGGACGAAGACGGCGGGUGCGAAUGGUAUCUUGAAUCCGAUUGCUGAUUACCGUAUUCCUGAGGCGUGGUACCAGACGGGAAAGGUGCUUGAUAUCUGUUAUACGAAUGAUAGCGUUUGCAAUGGUCUUAAUUUGGGGAAUUUGUUUAGUCCGAAUCAUUUGGUGUAUGGGUUUGAUCCGUCGGUGCAGAGUUGCGGCGCGCACUUUUUAGUAACGAAACUUUGA